CGUCUCCGAGUCACACUUGACGGCUGAAUAGUAUAAUGAAGUGACUAAAGCCCUUUCAUGAUGCAAGGCAUAUUUGAGCACAAGAUGCAGAAGCAACAUAUGGAGGAUGGAAGAAGACCCGGAGUCCAGAGCAGUGACCACAGUGAACAGGAGCAGCAAAAGUCCCACAUUAGAGGAUUUGGGCCUCUCACAUUCUGCUCUGGCUUAUGACCACAAGUUUGUGUGCUCUCCUCCAGGACUGCUAAUGUUUGGGGAAAUAGGUUGUGGAUUGCUUGUGUGGACUCUUCUAGGUGGAACUGAGUAUUUGCGGGUGCCAGCACUGGGCUGGGUGAUGUUUGUGUCAGUGGUUUGCUGGGUGCUGACUGUCUGCCUUCUUCUACUGUACCUGACCACUGCUCACACAAAGAUCCCCCAAAUCCCAUGGUCAACUCUGGGACUGUGCUUCAACAGCAGUGCCACUGUUCUAUACUUGACAGCUGCAGUGAUUAAUGCUACAUCUGUGCCACAAGCCAUUAGGGGGCGCUAUUACUACAUCAGCUGGAUUACUUCCACGGUAUUUGCCUUCUUAGUUGUGCUUUGUUACGCAGCAAAUUCAUAUGUGAGCUACAAAUCCUGGAGAUCAAAAAGUGAGGAUGCCUAAGCAAAAUGACUGGAAUCUGAUUUACAAAAUUAUCUUUAACCAGAUUGCUUUCUAUGGGCUUUUUCUAUUCUUAUGCACUUACCCAGCAAUUUUAAAUGGUUUGCUUGACUUGAAGAAUGUUACAGUAUUUUUUUACCUCUUCUUGUAAUGUCUUUAAAAUAAGAUGCUUCUGUGUUAUGUACAUUUGAAUUGUUUUUCACUGUGUAUAUUUUCUUGACUACUUUAAUAGUGCACUAUUUGUGUACCAAAGUAGGAGGUAUUUGCCUAUAUUUAAAUUAGAAUGUGGGAAAACUAAAUUCCUUAAUAAAAAUAAAUUUCAUGUAUAUGUGUUGAAUAGGUACUAUGUAUUUCUGUAAAUUUCUGUUUCUAAUAAUACUGCACAUGUAAUAGUGCAUUGUAUUCAAUACAGCAGUUAGUCCAUACAACUAAUGCAUAUAAAAGUAUAAAAGAGUAUUGAGUCUGGUCUCAAAAUUCUGCUUAUUUCUGCUGUCAGCUUUGCUAUAAGACAUUUUAAAUAGUUAUUUUUAACUUUUUCCUAACCAUAUGCACAUGCCCUUAUUUCUUUAUUUUGUUUCUUGAUUAGUGAAUCAAGUACUCAAAGUGUUCCAUC